GGGCGCGGCUGGUGCGCCUCCGGAGCGAUGGCGGCGGCCUGAACUCACCUAGCGGUUCCACGGCGGCCGGGCCUGGUCAAGGUCCGGGUUCCGUGCGUGAACGAUUUGCAAGUCUGGACUGGUCAGCAACCUCUGGGCUUGUCACUCAGAGCCUGGUAUAUCUUCUGGCUCCAUGGCCAGCUACUGGCUCCUAUAGACCAGAUGAAGCUGACUGGAAACACAAGUGGAGAAAGCCUCCAGCUGGCAAAUUCUCAGAGUGUGGUCCUCUGGCCGCUGGCCCUGCCCAGCUGGCCUCAUGGAGAGGAUGAACUGGCUGAGCAGACUGGCCUCCCGGGGCCCUGGGCACCGUGUACCUCAAGGGGCCAGUCUGCAGACCCCUGUCGUGGCUGACCCUGAGACCUGCCUUAUGGUCUUCAAGAAUCACUGGUCCCAGGUGGUGCGAAUCCUGGAGCGACAAGGCCCUCGGGUAGCUCCUGGGGGUGCAGAUGAUCUCAGUGCUGUGCGCAACCAUACUUACCAGAUGUUGACGCUGCUGGCAGAGGAUCAUGCAGUCCCUUCAGCCCCCAAUGCCCCUGGGCCCCUGCUGGAGUUUGCUCUGCGCGAGGAUCUGCUAACCCGUGUGUUGGCAUGGCAGCUUCAAUGGGAUGAGCUUGGGGAUGGGGUUGAGGAACGGCGGGCUGAGCAACUGAAAUUAUUUGAGAUGCUGGUGAGCGAAGCUCGUCAGCCACUCUUGCGGCAUGGUCCAGUUCGUGAGGCUCUGCUGACCUUGCUGGAUGCCUGUGGCCGCCCCGUGCCCAGUAGCCCAGCACUGGAUGAUGGCCUGGUGCUACUUCUCAGCCAGCUGUGUGUGUGUCUGGCCCGGGAGCCUUCAUUGCUUGAGUUCUUCCUGCAGCCACCUCCUGAGCCUGGAGCUGCUCCACGUCUUCUCCUCUUUUCUCGCCUUGUUCCCUUCGUCCAUCGAGAGGGCACCCUGGGCCAGCAGGCCCGAGAUGCCCUACUCCUGCUUAUGGCUCUGUCAGCUGGGAGCCCCACCGUGGGCCGCUACAUCGCAGAUCACUCUUACUUCUGCCCGGUCCUGGCCACAGGGCUGAGUGCCCUGUACUCUUCAUUGCCCCGAAAGAUUGAAGUUCCAGGGGAUGACUGGCACUGUCUGCGACGGGAGGACUGGCUGGGAGUGCCAGCCCUUGCACUCUUCAUGAGUUCCCUAGAGUUCUGCAAUGCAGUCAUUCAGGUGGCUCACCCUUUGGUGCAGAAGCAGCUGGUUGAUUAUAUCCAUAAUGGGUUCCUGGUACCUGUCAUGGGCCCUGCCCUGCACAAGACCUCUGUGGAGGAGAUGAUCGCCAGUACCGCCUAUCUGGAACUUUUCCUACGGAGUAUUUCAGAGCCUGCCUUGCUCCGUACCUUCCUGCGAUUCCUGCUAUUACACCGGCAUGACACCCACACCAUCCUUGACACCCUCGUUGCCCGUAUUGGCAGCAACUCCCGGCUCUGCAUGGUCUCUCUCAGUCUCUUCAGGACCCUACUGAACCUAAGCUGUGAGGAUGUCCUGCUGCAGCUGGUUCUCAGGUAUCUUGUCCCAUGUAACCAUGUGAUGCUGAGCCAGAAGCCAGCUGUGCGUGAUGUGGAUCUGUAUGGACGAGCAGCAGACAAGUUUCUCUCCCUAAUCCCACGCUGUUGUCGGCACUGUGCCCCCAGCCCACCCCGUCCAGAGCAUGCCUCGUGGGCACGAGGUGGGCCUAGCCGAGAGUCAGGGAGAAGGGAGGACAUCGCGGGCCCUGGAAGCCCAAGUGUUGACUCCUCUUCUGUGGUGACCGUACCCCGGCCCUCUACACCAUCUCGUCUGGCUCUCUUCCUGCGACAGCAGAGUUUAGGUGGCUCCGAAUCCCCAGCCCCAGCCCCUCGCUCACCAGGGCUUGCUUCAUCCCCUGCCUCCAGCCCUGGCCGAAGGCCAAGCCCUGCAGAGGAGCCUGGUGAACUGGAAGACAAUUACCUGGAGUAUCUGCGUGAGGCGCGCCGUGGUGUGGACCGCUGUGUCCGAGCUUGCCGUACCUGGUCUGCUCCCUAUGAUGGCGAGCGGCCUCCUCCUGAGCCCAGUCCUGUUGGCUCCCGGACUAAGAAACGCAGCUUACUGCCUGAGGAGGACAAGGACAAUGUGGGAGAAGGGGAGGAGGAGGAGCUGGGGAGUGGGAGACUGGCUGGGGGUGCAGGGGAGGGCCCUGGCCACCUGCCUCCUCCUCAGCUCAAUGGGAUGCCAGGACCAUGGCCUGAGGGGGCCAAGAAAGUUCGUCGGGUGCCGCAGGAGGGAGCAGGGGACCUGCCAGAGGGCAUCUCUGAGGGCAUGGCAGGACUAGAGGGCUUUGGGCAGGAGCUCCGGGAUCUGGAGGUGGCUUUGAGUAAUGGGGGGGCCAGCUCAGAGCCUCCCCUAGAGCCUCCACUACCUCUUGAGGAGGAGGAGGCCUACGCAAGCUUCACCUGUCCCCCUGAGCCCCCUUGCCCCUUCCUCAACAGCCCUUUGCGGACUCUCAACCCGCUGCCAAGCCAGCCCUUCACUGGCCCCUUCAUGGCUGUGCUCUUUGCCAAACUUGAGAACAUGCUGCAGAACUCCGUCUAUCCCCUGCUCCGCUCUUUCCUGCUCAACACCAACAUGGUCUUCCAGCCCAGUGUCAAGUCCCUGCUGCAGGUGUUGGGCUCCGUGAAGAAUAAGAUUGAGAGCUUUGCGGCCUCCCAGGAGGACUUCCCAGCACUGCUCUCCAAAGCCAAGAAGUACCUCAUUGCUCGUGGCAAGUUGGACUGGGCUGAGGGCCCUGCAGCAGGACCUGCUCCUCGCCGCUCUGAUUCUCUAGUGAAGAGCCGGAGGCCAUCCUUGGGGGAGUUGCUCCUGCGACAUGCACACAGUCCAACCCGGGCCCGGCAGGUGGCACAGUUGGUUCAUCAACCUGGGAGAGACAGCACAGGACUUGGCCUAGGUGGGGGCUCCCCUGGGGCUUCCACUCCGGUUCUACCUCCCCGGGCCGGGGCCACUGAGCGCCAAGGUGAGGCUCUGCGAGUCAAGAAUGCUGUCUACUGUGCAGUCAUUUUCCCGGAGUUUCUCAAGGAGUUGGCUGCCAUCUCCCAGGCCCAUGCUGUCACCUCACCUUUCUUGUUGGAUACUUCAGAGGAGGGGAAUGUCCCUCCUGUCUCAGGCUUCGGGCCCCUCAAUCCUUAACUUCCUUCCAUGGACGGACAAUCAGGGCCUUGAGUGGCCUGGGUUGGGGCCAUGAUACAGGCUCCUUUUUAUGUUUGGAGGGAGUGGCAAGAGGACUUUUUAAUUUAUUUCAGAUGAAUGUUUUAUGGCGAACUUGUUGCAAUAUGUAUAAAAGGGAAAUCUCUA